CGUCAGACAUCAUUCAUUCAGGCCAUUGAAUCGUUGUUCGUGCGAAUCCACACUGCGUGUGAAUUCUGUUUCCGUGCGCGUGAAGAAAUCGGUUUCUCAUUGCGAAUUGCGUCCUUCAGUGCCUUCGGGAUCGUAACGACACGUCCCUCACGGGAUCGGACCCUAGUUUUGUGCGGUUUUGUUUCCACUUGGACGGUGUACGGUGUGAUUUUGUGCCCUCUGGAGGAACACCAUCGUCGUCUUGGCUUUGGGGCUAGGCCCAGAGACGAUGAAUAAUAAUAAUAAUAAUAACACCAGCAGCAGUAUGGGAGAAAGAAGAAAAUCUACAUUUUUUCUCGUUGUGUGACUGUAUGCGUGAAGGUGGUGGUGUUGCAUAAAUACAUUUGCAGUGGCAACGAAAGGCAGCUCGUGCGGCGUGUGCAUGUCAACUAGGUGCCGUGCUGUGCCGAGAGUGAAGCAGAAAAUUAUGAAGACCACAAAGUGAAAUUUUUUCCAAGCGAUCACCCAAUUAUCCAGAGUGAAAAUAGCAGAGGAGAUAUUGGAAAUAAGCAAAUUGUGUAAAGAGCUUAAGCUAAAGUGAAGAAAUAAGGAGAAGAAAAAUAAGUUUAGUGUAUCCGUUUCUUUAAGCUACUGGAGCAGAGCGGGCCCCGAGUAAUUGGUGAAGCGCGAAUAAAGAGUUAUCGAAAUUGUGAAAAAUAUUGUGUACGAAAUAUCCAGUUCUUGUGGCUCACAGUGUAAGAAAAAGAGUUUUGGGGUUUACCCCUCACCGUGUCAACACCGUUGUAUGUGCGAAGUAUUCUAAAGACACACACCUCUCCGGAUACAACUAACAGAGUUAGGUGUCACACAUGUUGUCAGUCAUCGUUCCAAAUUGCCAUCAUUGUUGUCAGCGGCGAUGUUGUGACAAAGCUGGAUUUAACCUGCUAUCAUCGGGAUAUACGGCACCGAUUGGAAGUGCCCGGUUUUGUGUUGUGUAUGUGUGUAAGGAUUGCGCGGAAUUGAUUUCCCAUUAGGAGGCAGAAGGAUUGCAGCCGAUCCCUUUUAAUGGAUAACAACAUCCCAUCGUCUGGACCGACUGAAAGGUCACCGUUGCAUCACAGCCGUACCUCAUCCAGCAGCAAUCUGAACGGCAGCGCUACGCACCGCCAGCGACCGCAGACACUCACGCCGUCCCGCGACUCACCCAAGAACUCCCCCGUGCCGAUGCUCACGCUGGUGCUCACCGUCAACAAAGAUGUCAACGGGUACGGCAUGAAGGUUUCCGGAGACAAACCGGUUUUCGUAGAAAGCGUAAAACCAGGUGGUGCAGCACAGAAGGCCGGCCUGCUGGCCGAGGAUAUGAUUCUAAAGGUUAAUGGAAUAUCUGUACGUUCCUCGACACACACGAACGUGGUGGAGUUGAUCAAAGCUUCCGAAAUUGUUGAACUGACGGUGCAACGAAGCAACAACAGAAUGCAGCGGCCGUCGCCUUCGACCACGUCCAUUACGCCGACGACGCCAAUAGCGCCGCGGAACUGCAUCACCGCUCCGCUUCCCGUUGAUCACGCCAAGCAACGGGAAAUGGAAUUCCAUAAGAUCAAAACGCUGCGCCUGAUGCUGGAGCAGGAGAAGAAAACGCUGGAGAAUCUGAACUCUGGCAACAAGCAGCGGAUGCCGGAGAGUGCCCGGGCGGAAACAACCAUCAAGAAGCUCCAGGAGGAGCUUGCCCAGAUGUGUGGAGAGGAUACCUCAUAUCCACAAUUUUCAUCCACGACUUCACCGCUCUUUCCACAGCCCCAGCCACAAAACACCUCCACCCCAGCAUUCCUUUCCCGCUUUCCCCGCUCAUUGUCAUCUCUCAGCCUUGGAACGAAAAAGAAAUCCACCGAGAAGGAUACCAGCGCCAUUGGUUCACCCAACGCCGGAGUCGUUAUGCAUGGCACUCCGGAGUGUAUCAGUCCUACGAGUGCGUCCCUCCUGAACCAUGGUCCUUUUGGGCACGGGUUGGGCUCCAGCGGGAAUGCCAGCACUCCUACGAAGAAAAAAUACAGCGGAGGUAACGUGUCGGAGCGGAGCUACAGUAAACAGCAGGACACACCGCCACCCCUUCCGCAGAGAAACAUUCCAAAAAGAGCGGAUUCCUCGCUGGAUUCGGUUGACACGGUCGGAACCCGCCGAAACAUCGUGGUGUCCGAUUUGGAUCAUUCCAUACUGAACGCUCCGGGCAGUGGUGCCAGCAAAUGUGUUAACAAUAACAAUAACCUAAGCUCGGGAGGUGGCGGUGGAGGAGGAGGUAGCGUUAAAGGUAGUGGCAAAUCGAGGAAGAAGAAGAACGGUAACUUGGUAGACUCCAAAGCCGAGCAAACGAUGUACCUCCAUGGUACCGAACGUGGUGGAGGUGGUGAACUGCAAGCAGAGCCUCCACCGUUACCACCGAGGCAGCCAGGGAUGAUGGAAGUUAAUCAGAACAUCAUCAUGAACAAUGACAAUGUUGCGACAACCUUUGGGAACAAUUGCAACGCCGCCACCAUCAACAACAAUAACAGCAAUAACAACCAUCAUCAGUUCAACAGUCCGGAGAAUCGACCACCACCGAACAGUAUUAACACGUUGAUGAACUAUCCCCUGAUCACGACUUGUACACCGGUACGCGACAAUUUGGCCGCGGCAUUUCCCCUCUCACAAAGACCCAAUAUCGUGCAUCAAAUGCAGCAACAUAAGCAAGCCGCAUUCAACUCAACAUCGGCCUCGGCGCCCAUCAAUCAAUCCAUCAACAAGAAGCACCGGCGGAUAGUGUCCUCUCCGGAGAACAUCAGCUCCAAAGAGUUCGGUGACCAUACAGGGGCACUCGUGCCCCGACACCAAAAGACCUCAUCGGAUUCUUGGGACAAACAGUCCCACGAGAUAACGCCACCCGGAACUCCUCCACCACCGUACCCGAGUUCAUCGUUGGUCGGCAGUGGUGUUGGUGGUGGUAGCGGCCAUUUGCACCACGAUCACACCACUGCCGGCGACCUGGCGUUAGUGAGCGGAAACCUCAGUCUUCUUCAGCAACAACAACAGCACCAAUCACCGGUGACCGCGACGAUUGUGGCUGCCCAAGCCAACGUUGCUCAGAAACCGAUCAUCUCGAUGGAGGACGACGAAAUCUCGGACCAGGAGAGCUUCAUCGAGGAACACGGUCCGUUCCGGUCGCUAUCGCAGCUACUUGAACCGGCCCACUCGGCGCAUUUAGCAGUAUUUCUUAAUUUUGUCCUCUCCAACUCGGAUCCUUCGCCGCUGCUGUUCUACUUGAUAACAGCGUUGUACAAAGAGGGUAGCAUCAAAGAUAUGCGCAAGUGGGCAUAUGAGAUACACUCGACAUUUCUCGUGCCCGGAGCGCCCCUCCUUUGGCCUAACGUGGACGAAUCGCUCGCCCGCGAAAUCGACGACAUUCUGCAGAAGGAGAAUGACAAGGUGGAAAUUCUGCGGCGGGUGUUCUACAAAAGCCGUAACAAGGCGCGAGAUUACAUCAACAUUCAGUUGCAGGAGUUUCAGGUGAAACGGACGGCUGGCCUCGGAACGAUGUACGGCCCAACCGAUCAGCAGCUACAGAACGCCAAAGGUGAUAAAGUCAAAGAGCAGCGGAUAGUGGAGGAUACGUUACUACCAAAACUUCAACAGUACUUGGACGAAAUCGAGCGAGAAUCGAUGAGGGAAUGUCCUAAAAAGCUAGCACUCUGUUCAGCUCUGUCCACCGUGUUGCAGCGAUUUUUCGUGACACGAUCCAACCCGGGUAGUCCGAUCGACAAGGUACACCACUUUGUCAGCCGGGAGAAAAGCUUCAAGAGUCGACUGAUGGCGAAAAAUCGCAAGCAGGAUAUCCUUGGACACAACCUUCGGUUGCAGCCGUACUACGAGGUAACCCGGUGUAACCACUGCCAGAAUAUACUCUGGGGUGUUAGUCCGCAGGGUUAUCACUGUUCAAAUUGCGAACUGAACAUCCAUCGAGCGUGUGCGAAAGAUCUGAACGAGUGCUGCCCCGGACCGGCGCCUCUGAAGAAUGACAGUAGUAAAAUUACAAAGCUUAUGGAGAAAAUAUCCAGCCGGAAUCAUCAUCAAGCCGACAAAUCCAGACGGCAUGAUGAUGAUGGCGAUGAUAGCUUCGGAAUCGAUCGACCAACCAGUAUUUCGCUGGCUAGACAGCCAUCGGACCGAAGGCAAGACUACAACAAUAGCAGUUAUCUGGGCAACGUAAGUUCCUACUCGGAUUACCUUAGCAAUUCCACCGGCGAUCCGGACACCUUCGCACAAGGUGUCGAUAAAGAUCAGUUUAGGGAGAGUGCCAAACCCAAAUCGGCCCCGGUAUCCGUCAACCGGUCCGAGUCGUACAAGGAGCGUUCGCAGAAGAAAACAAGAAACACUCGCCGGAAAACGUCCGACCCGAGCCUGACGAAAACGACGGACGAACAGAACGAGUCCUCAUCGCUGAUUAACAACUACUCAAGCAGUUCCACAUCUAGUCUUCCAACUGCAUUAGACAGCCGAUCGACAUCCCUUGAGGCGGUCGGUGGUGUUCCGACGGGAUCCUCGGCUGGACCGGGAGCUCCCGGUGGUGGUGCCAAUGCCGCGUUGACGAACUUUAACGUGACGGCGGCAGCUGCCAACAACUCGGGCUUCUUCAGCUCUCCCGGCGGACCGGCUAAUAUUUCCAAUCUUUCCUCGGGCGCUGGCAUUCUUCCGACGGCUCGGGAGUGGGUCGACAGCGAGGAUGAAGGUAACUUCGAGCCGGAAGUGGACUGGAGUUCGAACAUACCCGCUGACAUUCUCGGUGCGCUCAGCGACAUCGAAAAGAAACGUCAAGAAGUGAUAAAUGAAAUCUACCAAACCGAGCGUAACCACGUGCGAACGCUCCGGUUACUGGAAGGGAUUUUCAUGCGACCUCUGCAGGAAUCGGGUGCAUUGUCCAACGAACUGCUGCAGCUGCUAUUCCCACCUUCGCUGCGGCGACUACAGGAACUGCAUCAAACCUUCGAGAGCAAUCUGAAACAGCGACGGAACGACCACUGCAACAUUGUGCAGGAAAUUGGCGAUUUGUUGCUGCACAUGUUCGAUGGCGAAUCGGGCGAAGAGCUGAAGGAGCACGCUGCCUACUUCUGUGCCCGCCAGCAGAUCGCUCUGGAAGCGCUGAAAGAGCGCCGAAAGAAGGACGAGACCCUGCAGCGGCUGCUGAUUAAGGCAGAAUCGCAUAAAGCCUGUCGGCGACUGCAGUUAAAGGAUCUGCUUCCGACGGCACUCCAGAGGCUGACCAAAUACCCGCUGCUGUUUGAUAACCUGUACAAUUUCACCGUGCGUGUGCAGCCGGACAAUGAAACCGAGGCGCACGCCAUCCGCAAGGCGCUGGAAUCCUCCAAGCGGAUAUUGGACCAUGUCAACCAGGCGGUCCGGACGGAGGAGGAUUCCCACAAAUUGAUAACAAUUCAACGGAAGUUGGACAAAAGUGGUUUAGAUAAGGACGCUUCUAGUGAAUUUAGGAACAUAGAUUUAACUGUACGUAAGCUAAUCCACGAUGGACCAUUAACGAUGAAGAAGAACGCCGGAGUACAGCUGCAUGGAUUACUAUUCGAAGAUAUGAUGGUUUUGUUACAAAAACAGGAUGACAAAUAUCUGCUGAAAUACCACUCUAGUCCCGGCCUCGGUGGCAACGAGAGCAAGAUCACCGAAGGUCGCUUCAAUCCCAUCACCCGGAUAAAUCUGAUCCUGGUGCGACAAAGUGCCGUCGACAAGAACACCUUCUUCCUGAUCAACACCAACGUGUCCCAGAUGCUGGAACUGACGGCACCGAGCAGCUCCGAGUGCAAAACAUGGUUCAAGCACAUUUCGGAUGCAGCGGACGCGUACAAAGCACGUACCAAAGGAACACACGAUUGUAGCGAAGAUGCGUCUGCCAGCGCGGGUCAGCCAGCGAAGGACAGCUUCGAGACGGUGACCGAAGCGCAGAAGAUUGAGCAAACAUCGACGCCCAUCGACCGGUUGGAACGCAAGGACAGCAGUCUGCAGUGUCGUGCUGUCAGUACCGGUGGCAUCACCCCCGCCAGCAACAAUAACAACACCAGCAAUGUCAGUUCGACGAAUACGACCGGCGGCGGUCUGAAUAACAACGAAGACUCCCUUCCGAACAAAAAUCGACUGGCGAACGAAAUCGAUGACAACACCGAGAAUGAGGAGAAGGAAAUCAAACGGCGUAGUCAGCUAUUAGCUAUGUCACAGGAUUGCAGCGGCCCCAGUGACGAUGAGCAGAAGGACGACGAUGAUGAUGUCUGCGGAGCGGAUAAUCACGACAGGGAAUCGAAUAACCCCCGCACUCUGACGCAGCAGUGCUCGCUGGUCGCACCGAGUGAGAUUCAAGUCAGUGUCAGCAACACGCUGACCGCGGAACCGAUAUUGACACCAUCAGAGAAACUUCGUCGACUGGAUCAAGACAUUCGAAAAAAGCUGUUGGAGAAGCAACGGGUUGUAUGCGAUAUGUUCAAAGUUCCGGAUGAGCACUUCCUGGCGAUUGCGGACAUCGCCGGUCAGCCGGAAGCCCCCCAGAAAGAGCCCACGGAUAUCAUCCUGGCAGCAUUUGCCCACAUUCAGUCACUGACGGAUGUGCUUAACGAUCACAUGCGAGUAACGCAGAGCCAGGUAAUUUCCGCCGUUUCCACUUCCAUCUGCGAUGAAUGUGACCGCAGGAAAGGGGAUGGCUCGAUACAAACGGAGACCUGCAACAAACCUCUGGCUGCAGCCCCAAUGGGCUCCGAGCUGAUAGUCACCGCAAUUAAUCCCGCUAGUAGUAGUGCGGGAGCACAACCUACCGUUGGAGUCCCACCGAUAGCGUCUGUGCUACAGAAUGAGGAAGUCAACAUCACCGAAGACGAGGACGGUUAUUGUGAAAUUGAUGAAGUUAGAGCUGCAGCGGUUCUUCUCGAAUCCCAAAUGGAAGCGGAGAAGCAGAGAAAGUUAGCAGCCGAAGCCGAGGCAAGGGCAAACGAUUCAAACUCGCUCGAUGACAGCGACGGACCCAAAUCUCCGGAUUCACACAUUGAGAUCAACGAUAACUACGAUACAGCGCAGGACCAUUCUCAUCCACCAAAACUGAUCGGUUUUGAUCUGUGCAGUCGAAACCGACUUCUACACGCAUCUUCUCUUGUUCCAACCAUACCGUGCCAUGUGAUAGCGAGCUACGUGUCUGGUUUGAACGUGCAAAUUUCACAGCUAUUGCCAAAAAUUAGUGAUAGAGAUUCAGAACGAGAUCACCUGAGAAAAGAAAAUCAACGUUUACGGGAACUGUUAAAUGCAAUGCAUCUGGGGAGAGUUUUAGAAUCGCAGGAAACUACGGAAGAGCCCGUAACAGUAGCAGACACAGAGCCAGAACCACUUCAACAACAGCCGCAUCAGCAACAGCAACACCAACAUCAACAUCAACAGUCCCAACCCACAGAACCCAGCAGCAGCAGUAGUGAUAGCAAUGUGAAUAAAUAAAUUUUCCAUCGAGAGUCCCAUCGGCAUGAAAAAACACCAUCUGAAGAAAUAAUUUGUACAAAUGGUUUAGCUCUCGCUCUAUCGGUAAAGUAUAGAUUAGUGUUGACUACGUCACAUUCGCCUUUCCAGACGCGUGAGAUCGUUCGAUCACCCUAGUGAUCACGAUGGUGGUGGUGGUUGGUCGGUACCCGAGCUCGCCUACACUCCUGGCACUCUUGUCGUCGGGAACUAUCGGAAGGCCUUAAACUAACAACAGCAAUGUGCAACAACGUGUAUUUGGAGGUGUUUUUUUGUAUACUAGAGAAUAUUUGUCGGGUAAGCAACAAAGUGAACCAACAGUGUGAACAACAAUGGUGGGGAGGAUAACAAUUUGAAGCAUCAUUUUUGUGUUAUAUAUAGAGUAGUAGUAGAAGUAGCAGCAGCAGCAAUGAAAUGGAUAAUCAAAAGAUCACAAGCAAUUUCUUACUAGGAAGGAGGUGUGUGGAGGAAGAUACCGACGAGCAGCAUCAGUGCUGGAGAGUUGGAAGACGUGGGAAACACGCUCCGCACGCGACAAAAAUGUUGAGUUAAUUUAUUCUAUGUCCUUUUUGUAUAAAUGUUGUUUUUGUUUUAUUUAGCAUUCUAACUUUCAGAAGCUUGUUCUAGCGUUUUCCUUCCUGAAAAAAAAACAAGAGAUAAAAGUUCAAACGGUAAUGAAUAAAAGAAUGAAAGUUAAUGGUCGACACACGAUGUUGAUUUUAUUCACGCUAGUUUUAUGUACGAAUGUGCAAGCGAAGCAACAGAUCAAUUUUCCGAGGUUCUUCGUCUUCUAAUCUACCAGAGUAUGGGACGGGGAGGACGUUUCGAAAAGCAGCUUUUCCGAACGCGUAAAAAAUGCAUAGCAAAGAGUGAAACACAACAAAUUUAACCGUUUAUAUGUUAUUUAAGUUAUGAUUUUUUUAUAUAUAGUGAGCGAUUUGGAGGGAGACAAAAAGAGAUAUAGAAAUUAUCAUUAUUGAAAAACAACUUUAAGUUAAGAUGCUUUUGUUUAUUAUUUUUACCACGACUCUAGCAAGCGUUUCGGCUUGUCGCAUAGAAGGAUUAUUAUUUAUUGUAUAAUUUUCUUUAGCUUAGGAUUGUAAUCUAUAUGGUAAUAUAUCUAUCUGAUAGACAACGUAAGCAAAUGAAUGGAACUCACUUAACUAAGCGAAGAUCAAAUAGGAUGAAGAACAUAAAUAGAAUCGGAUCAUAUAGAAAGAUAGUAGGUUGUAAAUAAACCACAGCAAAUUUAUGAAACGCUAUAACAAAUACGGCAUAGCUAUCCACAUACGCACGAUGCAACAUCAAUGUUCAAAAGCAUCACGGAAACUAUUAGAAAGGCUUCUAGGCAAUUGAAUAAAAAAAAGGCAGAAUACAGUGGCAGUGAAAACGAAAACUGCGCUACAAAAAGCAGAGAGCUAAACAGAAGUAGAUAACACAGUUUUGUGAUACUCGAAACAAACAAUUGGCAAUGAGAGAUAAGUGACAGGAGAACCACGUGUUGAAUCGGUAUUCUGGGUCGUCCCCACUUUCCCGGGCUGCUAAUCUAGCAGAGCAAUCCGUCGAUGUUGUACUUACACGAUGAAAAUCAAUCCCUUCCACACUCCGUGAAUGUCCCAUUUUUCAGGAUUGUACUUAGCACUGAAAACAAACUUUUCGUAUUACAAAACAAAAUGUGUGUCUUCUCAAAUCUAUAACGACGACCCAGUUGUUGCUGCGAGUCCUGUCUAACAACAACACCGAGGCGUCAGCAACAAAAAAAACUGUAUUACUUUCACGUAAAAAGUGUCUUAUAGAAAUGUUCAUAGGUUACAUAUUUGAAUAACCCCUUCAUUAGUGGUAAUUUUAUACACUCCUUGAAGGAGGCUCGCACCCGCAAGUGCGUGAGAAGUGCAUUUUUAAAUAUACACCUGUGUAAUGAUUUUGAUAUACUUGAAUCCACUGUUGUGAUAUAACGGAAUUGGCAGAGGGUGGGGCUUGUCCGUUUUUAUUUCAAUAUUAAUUUUGUUGUCGAUUUGAAACAGAUCGAGUUACAAUUUUUUUUUCAUAUAACUUCCUUGAACUUCAAUCCAGACCUUAGGGUUUAAAUUGAUGACUAGCUGACUUGGCGAACUCCGUCCCGUCCAAAAUUUUUUUUUUAUAUGAAUACUUUUAAACAUUUACGUUUUUUAUUAUAGGAUCGUUCGUGGGUUCAAUCGCAUAAUUCUUCAUUGACUGAUUAUCCUUUAACCAUUUACGAUUUCCUUUUGGUAUGAAUUUCCUAGUACUUCUACCAAAACUCGCCAUUAUAAUAUAAUUAUUUUCAGACACAAUUAUCGUUGAAGAUUCUUUAACCACCGAUCGAGAUCGAAUUUGUCAUUCCCUAAUUCGACCAUUCUGCUCGUAUGAUAUUCGAACGAAAGAUAUACGAUUUUUGAAACAACUCGAAUAACGGGGAAUAGGAUUUACCAAGUAGAUCGAAAUAUUUCUAUUCGACCGAAAUACAGAAUUGGUGCACCCGUGGCCGAGUGGUUAGCGUCUCACAUUAUCAUGCCGGGUGUUCGAGUUCGAUUCCCGUUCUGGCCGGGGGGAUUUUUCGUCAAAGAAAUUUCCUUCGACUUGCGGUCACGCGUAUUCUAGAGCUUACCCCUCGGAUUACAUUCGAGGCGUGUUAUUUGGCUUAAGAAAUUUCAACUAAGUAUUAAUGAAUGACGCUAGUUAAUGCAUACGUUGAGACGGCAAAAGUUCCACAGGGUUAACGUUCCCAUUCAAGAAGAAGACAGAAUCAAGAUGAAUAUUUCAAGAACAUUAUUUCAAUUAUUUAAAAUUGAUUAUAUCUCGAGAACGGAUAAAAUGUCAUAUAUAGUUCUUCAUAUAGAAUCGCAUGUGAAUUCCAUUUUUCAUGUUACUUUCUAUAAAUGGUUACAAAUUCAAAAAAAAUUGAAAUUCAUAAAUUAAAAAAAAAAACAUAUUUCCGAUAGUUUUGGUGAGUUUAUCACGGCACCACUGUACACCAAACUUUGUUAAAUUGGAAGGGGUUUCCAAAAAAUCCUUUUGAGAUACAAAAGUUUUUUAAUUUCGUUAAACCCCAUAUUUUCAUCAGACAUCUACAUUUCGAGUUACGAUUUUGAAUACUCCCUUUAAAAAAAACACUCGUAAUUCAAAUUGGUAAUAUUAUAAUGAAAAUUGUGAUUUUAGGUAGUUUCCAUCAUAAGUACCAAGUUUAAAAAAAACUUAGAGACUCGAGUCAGCGGCCGGCUGGCUGAUUUGGCAUGGAAUUGUUCUAAACGACGAAACCAAAUAAGUUUAGUGUUGCUUCUCGAACCACUAAACUUAUUUUAAAUUUAAAUAUGUGCAUUUAGUUAUGGUUAUCAUUUUAAAGUCUCAACUUUUACUUCAUGUUUUCUCGAUACGCUGGUUAUCGAAAAUUCCAGGAAAGAUUUACUAACAAGAAAAGUUCUGCUUUCGAUUCUCGAACACAUCUAAAGUGAACUUUCGAAGUUUCGUUCGACGCAAAUGAAUACUAUACAAGCCCCCCUCAUCUGAGAUAACUUUUAAUGUAAUGUCCAUUUUUGUGCUGAUCAACCGAUCGACCAAUUUUUGUCACCAAAAUGAAUUUAAUAUUUAGCUGCGAAACAUAGAACAAACUUUUACGGCCCUUUUGUUGUUGUGUGUGUGCGCAUGGGAGUUUCAAGUUGAACGUCGCCUACUCAUCUCAACUUGUAUAUCGAUUUUGACGCAAUAAAAACAUCAUUUUUUGGAGAUGGCACAAUUUGUAUCUAAAACCGUCGUGGAAAAGCACUUUGUCACUGAACUGAAUAAUACACUUAUAGCGCGCACCCUUUCAGAACUAGAAGCUAUGUACAAAUUAAGCCAACAAUUUUUAUUGGGAAAUAGUAAACACCCAAAACAAAACAAUGCUGUUACAACUUUUACAACAAACUAUUCUAUAUAGCAUCUGUAUGAAAUUAAAAGAAACAAACACCCACAUAUACCGAAUACACACAGAAACAAAGUGAAUAACAUGAACAUUUAUCAAAGCAAGCAAAAAAAAAGGAGGAAGUGAAAUAGUAGGUAAACGAGAGAAGGAGGAAGCGAGCGUAUUAAAAGUAUUAAAAGAAGCAUGUCAAUUUCCUGCUCCGUAGUGGAAUAUAACCCCUCUUUAAAGAGUUUCGGUUCGUCUCUAAGUUUCAAUGUACGCUCUAACGCCAAGCUGUUAACUGUAAGAGGAGAUUGUUAGUUGCAGGACGACAACAAAUGGUUUCAAUUCUCCUGAAAUAUAUUGUUUAUUUUUUCCUUCUUAUGUAGAUAAGUUGAUAACACACGCGCAAUGAUCGUUCCACAAGGGGCGAAAUAAUUUGAGCUUGAUUUACUCUUUGUAACCUUCGCUUCACACGGGGAGUCAAUGUUCCUUAUUGUAGCAUGGAAGUUGGUGUUUCACAAAUAAGUUGUUGUAUAAAGAAAAUACUAUUUAAAAAAAACAGAAUGGAAGUAGAACUAAAAUUACACAUAAAAUAGUAAAAAAUACUAUAUUA